AAAGGACUUAAGUCGGGAGAAGUUUGCGCACAGCCUCAUCGCGGGGCUAGCAGCGGCAGGCGCCGCUAAGGAAAGCCAGCCCCCCAGACCCUGGGUGGGCUGCACCUUGCGGCUUGCUGACCUUCCUGGGUUGGAGAGGUGCGCACGUCCGCACCUCACCCUGAGGUUGGCAUCUUCUCCCGGGAAGAUGCGUGCUGAAGCCUGAGUUCCUGAGCCACCUGCUUCCCCUGAGCUGUGCCCAGACGCUCAGUGAGAGAAUUCCUGGAGAAAGAAAGAUCUUCAGAAACCAAAAAUGUGUCUCUUUAACACCAUCCGGUACUUUUUCCUGCUCGUGCUUCUGAGCAACCCAACUCCAAUUCUUCAGGCCACUUCAAAUCUCACCGAUCCAACAAUGGAUCCUGAGCCAUUCCUGUACAUGAUUGGACGUCAGAAAUUGCUGGAUGCUCAGUACAAAUGCUAUGACCGAAUGGAACAGCUACCCCCUUAUGAAGGCGAAGGUCCCUAUUGCAACCGUACCUGGGAUGGAUGGAUGUGCUGGGAUGAUACUCCAGCUGGGGUAACAGCCUUUCAGUACUGCCCAGAUUACUUUCCAGACUUUGACUCAACAGAAAAGGUUAGCAAGUACUGUGACGAAAAUGGAGUUUGGUUUAAACACCCUGACAGCAAUCGAACCUGGUCCAACUAUACUAUGUGCAAUGCUUUCACUCCCGAGAAACUGCAUAAUGCCUACGUUCUGUACUACCUGGCUCUUGUGGGUCAUUCUAUGUCAAUUGCUGCUUUAAUGACUUCAAUGGGGAUCUUCAUGGUUUUCAAGAGCCUUGGCUGCCAAAGGGUGACGCUACACAAGAACAUGUUUCUUACAUACAUUCUGAACUCUGUGAUCAUCAUCAUCCACCUGGUUGAAGUUGUGCCCAAUGGAGAUCUGGUGCGUAGGGAUCCGAUGCAUAUGUUUCAUCCUAAUACAAAUGUGUGGACAAUGCAGUGGGAACUGUCACCACCCCUACCCUUGAGAGCACAGGCGGAGGGAAAGAUGGACCUUAAAGACAGUGAAGUGAUAAGCUGCAAGAUUCUGCACUUCUUCCACCAGUACAUGAUGGCCUGCAACUAUUUCUGGAUGCUCUGUGAAGGGAUAUAUCUUCACACACUCAUCGUGGUGGCUGUGUUUACUGAGGAGCAGCGCCUGCGCUGGUAUUAUCUUCUUGGCUGGGGGUUCCCAGUGGUGCCGACCACUAUCCAUGCCAUCACUCGUGCUCUGUACUACAAUGACAACUGCUGGCUGAGUGUGGAAACCCACUUGCUCUACAUCAUCCACGGCCCUGUCAUGGUGGCUCUGGUGGUCAAUUUCUUCUUUCUGCUCAACAUUGUCCGGGUGCUUGUGACCAAGAUGCGGGAAACCCAUGAGGCAGAAUCUUACAUGUACCUGAAGGCUGUGAAGGCUACCAUGGUCCUUGUGCCCCUGCUGGGGGUUCAGUUUGUCGUGUUUCCCUGGAGGCCCACCAACAAGGUGCUUGGGAAGAUCUAUGAUUACCUCAUGCACUCUCUGAUUCAUUUCCAGGGAUUUUUUGUCGCGACUAUCUACUGCUUCUGCAACCAUGAGGUGCAAACCGCCCUGAAGCGCCAGUGGGCGCUGUUUAAGAUCCAGUGGAACCAGCGCUGGGGAAGGCGCCCGACCAACCGCGUGGUCGCGGCUCCCCGCGCUGCCGCCUUUGCCGAGCCAGGCGGUCUCCCCAUCUACAUCUGCCACCAGGAACCAAGGAAUGCUCCAGCCAACAAUCAAGGCGACGAGGGUGCUGAAAUGAUCCCCAUGAACGUCAUCGAGCAAGAGUCGUCCGCUUGAAUGUGAACCAACCCCAGCAUUGUGAUCCACUGAGCCUUCAUUUCCUGGGGGAAGAUAGACCAUGCAUUUAAAGUGAUCCCCAUCCUCCCAGGAGCUGAGCAUAUCAUUUGUGAAGAAUUAUUAAGUGAAUUUGUCCAUAGUGAAUAUGAAGAAAGUUAUUCUUGGUACUAUUGCUUUGGGAGACAGUCUACGAACAGAGUCUCUCACUGCAACUUGUGAACUCCAUCAUUCAUCCAGACUGAAAUGCCAAUGUCAGUAGUACAAGCAAGGUAUCCAAGAAAAAUACCACUUAAAUUGACCUAGUUCAGAUACAGGGUGCUCCUUGUUAAUCUUGAGCCAUUUAUACCUUUGAAAAAUUAAAAUCACUGUCAAUAUUUUUAAUUUUAACACUAGAUUUUGAAUUGACUAUUUCUGUAUUUGGCUAUGAAUCUGAUUUUUAAUUUUUUUAUUUCAAUCAAUUCCGAUGCUACACGUUUUACCAUCCACACAAUGUAAACGGCACAAAUCACUUGACCUCUGCAAGAUGAUGUGGCUUUUAAACAUAAAGAUGACUAAGAACGUAGGACAAGAGCCCUGCAUUUGACAGGAAGAUAUACUUUGAAUGAAAACGAAAUUUAAAGUUGGUUUGCUGGAACUGUUCCAUGCUUAGCUUACUUUUGGAUAACCUGGGCAGUCCUCAAAUGCUAUAAGGAAUUGGUCUUAAUGUUGAAUGCGCUUUGGUCGCUGACAUUUAUAAAUUGGGAGGUCACUAAGAAUCCAUUACCAAAUUUUUCACAAAACUGCCAAAAAUGUAAUUCUUCGUGGAAGAGAACACUCUUUAAAGAGAGUUUUCCACUUUCCUAAACUCCAGGAUUUAUAAAGCAAAUCACUCCAAGGUUUAUAAAGCAGAUUACCUCUUGCCCUUGGGUGCUAUCUAGCAGUAAAAGAUAAAUUUGUUUACGACUGGUAAUUAAAAGACUCCUGUACAAGUCCAUUAACUGCCUUCCACCCAGCUUCAAAGCUUAACAAGAUCUCGGUGUUUUCCAGGAAGAUUCAGUGUGGCUGAUUACAAAUUGGUUUGUAGCUGACCUCUUGCUUGCUGCUAUUAGCAAAAAUCGAGAGGAAUAAAAAUUUAACAACUUCAACUUUAAACAUAUAUGAAUUCACAUUAAAAUAAAACAGAGCUUCUCAUUAAAACCCAGUAUUAUAUUUCCACAUCUCUCUUUAUGUCCCCAGUAUAAGAUCUUCAAAGAUCCAUGAAUGAACCAGUAUCAUUACUGAUUUCUGAAUCUUCAACAGCAAUCAGUUACCAUUAUUUAAUUUGUAUGCUAAGUGAGGAGCAGCAUUGAACCCCUUCAGAUCUCAAGUCUCAUCUAUGUCAUCUAUGCCACUGCCUUUCAGAAGUGAUUUCGUUGUGGAAAGACAAGAAUACAUUGAUUUGUUCUGGUUACAUAUUUAGUGCACCCAGAGAAAAUUGUGUUCCCCCAGUGAUGGCAUAUUUUGGAUACUAAAGUAGUUGAAGCUCCUUUAUGAAGUAUAAGGAAAGAACUGAAAUGAAGGUAUUUUUUCAAUCACAGUGUUAUGUGGUGAUGUUCCUAUUUUUUGUUUACAAACAUCAAAAACAGUGUAUUUCAGGCAGCUCUAGUACAAAUGUGAUAAUAUAUUGCUGUAAUAUUUUAGAUGUUAUUGUGGUAGUGAGUAGGGGCUGAUGAAAUCAAAAUACCUUAUCAUAGUAUUGCAUGUAGUACCCAAACUGUGUGAACCGCUUCCCCUAUGUAUAUGUAUAAAUUAAUACAGAGCAUAU